AUGGCAUGGGCGGUAUUGGAAACCACCCUUGCUCUUGCUGUAUUUCAAAAGUUAUCUCGUCAUUUCGAAAGUCAUUGCUUUCUUCGCAAUGUUAGAGAAGAAUAUGAAAAGCAUGGCAUAAUGGAAUUGAGAAAGCAACUUCUAUUCCAACUGUUCUAUCAUGAUAGAACUAUUCCAAGCUUGGAAUCAACUCAACUUCAGGAGAGACUCUGCUGCACAAAGGUCCUUGUAGUUUUAGAUGAUUUGGAUGGUGCAAUAUCCCAAUUAAAUGAAUUGUUACCUAAAGGGUACAGGUUUGGUGCUGGAAGCAAAAUCAUUGUCACAACUAGGGAUGCACAGUUGGUUAAAUCAAGUACAGAUAAAGUUUAUGAGGUUAAGAGGUUAAAUGAUGUUGAAGCUCUUAAGCUCUUCUGCUUACAUGCUUUUGAAAAUAAUUGUGAUCUUAAAGGAUACACAGCUAUAUCAAAAAGUGUGGCCAAUUAUGCACAUGGCAAUCCAUUAGGUCUUGAAGUUUUGGGUUCUUCAUUUCGCUCCAAAAGUGUAAAAGAAUGGAAAAGUGCAUUGGAUGAGUUGCAAAUAGAGCCAAACCCAAAAAUUGAAAAAGUGCUAAGAAUAAGCUUUAACUAA